AUGGCCUCAACCCAGCUACAGAUCCUCCGACAUAAGAUUGCUACUACAGCCAGCAUCACUGCUGAGGGCACACUGACAGGGCUCCUCCAAUGCACGUGCCUCUGGGCCUCUGCAAAAGUCUUGUCAGCCAGCCCUGCCCCCAGCAUCAAAUGUGUCCCUGCCUUACCAAUCACUCCAGCUAUGAUAUCAACUCUGUCUCUAAAGAUUUUGACAACAAUUUGUCAUACAGCUGUUGGUGCUGCCAAAUCAGAUGGGGAAAAGAGUCUUGUAAAAACUGAACAACAGAAGAAACAAGUGGAACAUCAGCUGGAAGAAGAAAAGAAGGCAAACAAUGAGAAACAGAAAGCCGAAAGGGAGCUAGAGGUUCAAAUCCAGAGAUUGAAUGCACAGAAAAAUAAACUAACUAUAGACCUGUAUCACACUAAACAUCCAACUCUCCUCAUUACAGAAGAGUCGAAAGAUCUGCUGCCCGCCCUGCAACGCCUAUCGCAGCGCACGGGAGAUGUAGAGUCUCUGUCUGCUGUCACCGCUACACAGAAGAAGAAGGCGGAUAAGGUGAGUUCCCCAGAUAGAAACUUCUCACUCUUUCACCAUCCAUCUCUGAUGCGCAGUGAAACACUUCUCAAGACACAGUUAGAGCGGUCCUUACAGGAGGAGGCACUGCUGAAAGCGCACGUGACACAGGUGAAGGAAUCGCUGAGGCUAGUCCAGCUACAAAAAGAUGAGUAUGCUGAACAUAUAAAAGGAGAGAGGGCCCAGUGGCAGGAGACGAUGAGGAAAAUGUCCCAGGAGCUUUGCACCUUAAAGAAGGAGAAGCUGCAUGACAUGCAUCGGAUGGAGGAGCUGGAGAGGAGCUUAUCCCAACUGAAACACCAGAUGGCUGAACCCCUGCACCCGGAGCCCCCAGCAGUGCCCCCUGAGGAGGAGCUGCAGCACCUGAGGAAGGAACUAGAGAGGGUGUCAGCAGAGCUCCAGGCCCACGUGGAAAACCAUCAACACAACAAUGAGAACAAGAGCGCACUGCACUUGGAGCAGGAAGUCGAAGAGCUGCAGGAGAAGCUGGGCCAGGUGAAUGAGACAGGAACCUUGACCCAGAAGAAGCCAGAGGCAGCGGUCCCAGCCCCAGGGACUGGGGGCGAGUCUGUGAGUGGGGAGACCCCCCAGGCCCUGCAGGAAGUGAUGGAGAAGGUGGAGGUGAGUGAGUCCUGGAAUAGGCCAAGAAGGGCAGGGCGUGUGGAGAAACUACAACAUCGAUUCACGCAGUACUGGAGGGAGAGAUGCCAUCAGAAAAUUAAACAGCUUAUAACGGAGCUAGAGGGCCGUGCCACAGAGGCAACACCAGGAGGAGGACAUCAUCAGGCUGGCCCAAGACGACGAGAUGAAGGUAGGGUGUGCAAACCCUUUCUGCGGGGUAGGGCCGGGGUGGGGGCGGCGAGUUGCUGUUGCGUUUGUGCUGACCGCAACAAAGGGCACAGAAAAUUCUCGGCCGCUGCCCAGAGCCCUGAUAAUGAGCCUGGUCUCAGGAGCCCCACCCCCCAGGAGUUUGGGGCUGCCCACAAGCAUGGUGAUCUUUGUGAGGUGAGCCUCACCGACGACAGCACUCGAGACUGGGCAAAGGAGAGGCCAGGCGGGUCUCGCGACAACCCGACUGCACAGCCCAUCGUGCAGGACCACCCUGAGCACCCAGGCUUGGGCAGCAACCGCGUGCCAUUCUUUGCUGGGCUUGCUGCGGAGAAGAAGGAGAUAAACAUCACCAUCAUCAAAGAGCUGGUCAAGACAUUUUUUAAAAAGAAAGUUAUAGGGUUAAUCUCCUACACAAUUCAUUUACUUCAUUCGAAUGUUAGAGCUAUUCAUGUUUAUUUGUGUUUCUAAUUUAUAGUUUAAGUUUGUUUGUAAAAAGUUAAAAGAGAGUGGGUCUCUGUGGCCUUCACUGAGGUUCACUCUGGCAUCCUUUAGCAUUUUUCGUUUUUAAUUUCAUAAUUGUAGGUCAUUAGCAUGCAUAUCGAGUUCGCGCUUACAUGGUGGGAGUUCCAACACCCAAAGACCCACUGUUUGCACAAAACUGUUCUCGCUGGUUUGGAAUAGGCUGCCAUGCUUUUGUAAUGUUAUUGCAGCAUGUAUGUUCAUUACAGAAUUCAGAUAAAAUUUGCUUAUAUUCUGCUAUUAUGUUGGAUCUCAUCUUAAUCACAGUGAGCUCUUCAUUAGCUCGAUAUGUGGUUUGCCCUCAAGUGUGCACUCUUGAUUACUUUGUACUAUAUGCCACCGUGAGUACUGACAUUAUAGUUGUUUAAAGUCUGAGAACUGGAAACAGCUCUUCCCCCAUUUUCUGUGUGAAAUGGUGGGAAGGAAAAGUAGAGAAAGAAAUGCCAAUUCCAGCCUAAAGCUUUACUUGCCAAGUUUCCUUAGAAUGAAUUUUACCAAUUUAUGAAUUCUUGUAAACAGAAUUUAUACUGGAAAUACUGAAAGACUUUUCCCCUAAAGUGACAUUAUUGACUGCUGGUGUGAUGCUACUCUAAUGUAAUAAAUGAUUAAGUUGUUGCAAA